AGUAUUGUGACGGCAACCAGGGGCUGCGGAAGUGCCACACACUCGCGACCUCGAGUCCUUUCCGCGCACAACGUGAAGCAAAACAGAGGUAAAGCCAAAGUGAACCGAGAUAAAACCGAAAGCGGCAGCUGAGCCAUAAAAACACUACCAGCAAUGUUGCUCUUGUCCGCUUAGCGCAAAUAUUUCAUUGACGGCCAGCAAAAGUAAAAGUUUAAGCCAGCAUAAAACAUAAAAAUAUAUAUAUUAGCGGCAGGAGCGAAUGGCGCACUAUGCUGCUCAAGUCGACAACGACGGCCGCAGCAGCAGCAACGAAAGCAGCAGCAGCAACAUCAGUGGCAGCAACAACAGCGGCAGCAACAACAGCAGCAGCAGCCGCAUCAGCACUUAAAUGCAGCAACAAGAAAAAUCAGCUGAAAACUGGCAAAUAAAACUCAACGACAGGCAAAAACUAUUAAAUCUCGCUGGAUGCCUGCGGCAAUAGUUAUUGUUAAACAACACAAGGAGCAGCACCAACAGCACCAGCAGCGCCGCCAGGACCAACAGGACCAACAGGACCCACGGGCGGCGAAACAAAUUUGCAAUAUAAAUUUAUGCGGAUUUUUGCGUCGCAGCGGCGCCGACGACGUCGACAUCAUCGAAUCGCGUAGCCCAGGCCAUGCUGCUGAUGUCGACGUCCCCGCAGCAGCAGCAGCAGCAGCAGCAGCAGCAACAUCAGUGGCAACAACAUCGGUGGCAGCAACAGCAGCAGUGACAACAACAAGGGCAGCGGCGACGACGCGAGCAGUUAUUAUAAUAAUGGCGUUAGUUGUUAGCAUAAUGCAGCAGCAACAACAAUCGCUACUCUGGCCAUUCUGUAACGGACUCGCUGCGGCGGCCGCCUCCACUGGGCAUCCGGAUGACUCCGGUGAUGGGCCAACCCUGUCGACAUUCCUGUCAUCAUCGUCGCCAUCGCCCUCAGCAUCAUCAGCAUCCGCAUCCGCAUCAUCCCCAUCUCCAGCUCCAUCCAGUAUUUCAUCGUUUGCGGUGGCGCACGGGCCGCAAACGGAAGCCACGAAUCACACUUUCAAGAGUUUAGCCUUCCUGGACGCGUCCUUUGGCUCCGAUCUGUUUGCCCAGACGGACGCGGAGCGGGGGCGGAGUGGCGGCGGGGCGGAUGAGGAGUCGCAGGAUGCGGACACCUCGCAGUCGCUGCCAAUUUUCGACUUUGGCAUGCCGCGCAACAUCACCGGACGCACUGGCCACACGGAGGCCAUAAUUAAAUGCCGCGUGGACAGUCUGCAUGAUAAAUCGGUAUCCUGGAUACGGAAACGUGAUCUGCAUAUCCUGACUGUAGGCACUGCCACCUACACCUCGGACAAGCGAUUCCAGGUGACUGAAUCGAAGGACUCGCGGGAGUGGACGCUGCAUGUGAAGUCGCCGCUGGCCAAGGACAGCGGCAUCUACGAGUGCCAGGUGAACACGGAGCCCAAGAUGUCCAUGGCUUUUCAGCUGAACAUCAUCGAAAUCUCCCCGGAUGCCAAGGCGGUCAUCAGUGGGCCACCCGAUCUGCACUUCAAGGCGGGCAGCGCCAUAAUCCUCAACUGCCUGGUGCAGCAGCCGUCGGUGAAGGACAUUGGGCCUAUAUACUGGUAUCGCGGCGAGCACAUGAUCACACCCUUCGAUGCGGAUGAUGGACAGCCGGAGCCGCCGGCCGGCAGGAGCGAGCAUCCCCAAAGGAACCCGGAGGACACGUCCCUCAAUGACAUAAUGAGCGAGGUGGACCUGCAGAUGGAGUUCGCCACACGCAUCGCCAUGGAAUCGCAGCUGGGCGACACCCUCAAGUCCAGGCUCCGCAUCUCGAAUGCCCAGACCACGGACACCGGCAACUACACGUGUCAGCCAACGACGGCCAGCAGCGCCAGUGUCCUGGUCCAUGUGAUUAAUGAUGAGAAUCCCGCUGCGAUGCAGAAGAGCGGGGCGUGUCCUUGCGCCCCCGGUCCGCUCCAGCUGCUCCUCCAGCUG